AUGACAAUUUUCAUGUGCAAGUGUGGUAUCCGCGUAAUAUUUAUGCACCUGGUUCUUAUAAGGCCACAUCCUGCAAUUUGGCGCUUAGUUCAUGGAAUGACUGUUGUGUACCUUGUUGCCCUAACAUUUUUGCUUUUCCAGAAUCGUGAUGAUGCUAGGCAGUUUAUGAAAUAUCUCCAUCCUGCUCUGGGAGUUGAAUUACCUGAAAGAUCAUAUGGAGCUGAUUGCCGUAUUUAUGUCCCAGAGAAUCCAAAAAACAGGUUUAUCAAUGUUUAUAAUACAUUAUUUGAUGAGUUUGUUCUUGCUCAUAUUUUUGGAUGGUGGGGUAAGGCAAUAAUGAUACGAAACCAACCCCUUCUGUGGGUGUUGUCGAUUGGCAUCGAAUUGAUGGAGUUUACUUUUCGCCACAUGUUGCCAAAUUUCAAUGAGUGCUGGUGGGACAGUAUUAUUUUGGACAUCUUGAUCUGCAAUUGGUUGGUCACAGAAGUCUCCCUGAUAGUCUGA